AUGCCUUCGCUGGCCUUCCUCCCCGUGGUGGCCUUGCGCCCUCCCCGUCUCAUCCGGCGCCCGCGUCGCGCCGUCGUGCGGCGCCGCCCCAUCUGCGUCGCAAAGGAGGAGCAGACCCCCCUCCCAUCCCAGCUCCCUCACAUCCCCGAAUCCUCCGAGUCGUCUGAAUCCCCCGAGCAGCGCAAGGAGCGCGCGCGAAAGGCACGCAUAGAGGCCGAGCGCCUCGAGCUGAUGGCCGCCAAGGCCCGUCUCGAGUUCGAACGCGCAGAACUCAAGGCCGAUCGCAAGCGUCUUGAGCUCGAUAAGGCCAAGAACAUGAAGGACAUGGCCGGCACCAAGGAGCACGUGGGGGAGCCAAACCCCUACGACAGGAAGAAUUCAUCGCCCCAGGUUGUCAAUGUUGUAAAGCAGGGAAAGUCCCAGGGCCUGCAGCCGCUUACCACCACCCUGUCCGAUUUGCUGGGGAGCGAGUUUCCGAGGGUCAGUGAGAGCGAUAUUAAUGUCAUUAGGGACAAGCUGUGUGGCAUUAACACCUUUUUCUGCACCGAGGUUGAUCGCUCCCCAUUUGAUGAGCGCGUCGUCUUUCGGGGUAACAUGAGGCAACCGGCGGAUAAAUUGCUUGCUACGUUGGAGGACAUGGCCAAAGAAGAGGGCAUUGCCGAGCGCAUCAGGUUGUUCCUGCUCAUCGAUCCCAAGGAUGGGCCCGACGGCGAGGACAAUCGCCCCGUGCUUGUUGCCUUGCCGGCCGCCGCCAUGCCCAACCAGACCAAUUCCUUUUCCUACGUCGUCUCCGUCCUCAUGGGCUUGGUCGCCUGCGCCACCACCUUCUCCUAUGGCAUCGGAAUCUUCGGUCUCACGCCGGAGGUCAUCACCCAGAUCGCCAAGGGCAGCCUCGACGAGGCCAUCCUGACUUUGCCCGUUUCCAUCGGCGCCAUCAUCCUCGCCUUCAUGCACGAGGCGGGGCACCGCGUCGCUGCCUCCAUGCGCGACGUCAAGAUCGGCUUGCCUUACUUUAUUCCCAGUUUGCAGAUAGGCACUUACGGCACCAUCACCCCGCUCGAAAGCUACCCCAACCUGCGGAAGGACUUGUUCGACGUCGCGGUUGCAGGACCGCUCGUGGGGUCCGUCGCCAGUAUCUCCGCUCUGAUCGCGGGACUGUUGAUUACGAGCAGCGGGCAGAUCGCCGACUGGUUUCCGCAAGUGCCGUCUGCGCUCUUCCACGCCUCCAUUUUGGUCGGCUCGCUCGCGGAUAUCAUCUUGCCAGCGGGUUUGAGAGAACAGGCCACCAUCGCUGUACAUCCGCUAGCAGUCGUGGGGUACACGGGCUUGUUGGCCAAUGCGUUAAACUUGAUGCCGAUCGGCCGGUUGGACGGGGGCCGGAUCAUGCAGGCUUUGUACGGGCGGGCGGUCGCGAGCCGUGCCACGGCGAUUACUUUGUUGCUGCAAGGCUUCUCAUCUCUACUGGGCAACUCGCCGCUGCUUUUGUUUUGGGGGCUCGUCGCCGUGUUCUUGCAGCGCGAAAGUGAUUACCCGUGCAGGAACGAAGUGCUUGAGCCUGAUGGCACGCGCACGGCUAUCGGGGUAGGGGCCAUUUGCUUGAUGCUGCUCGUUUUGAUCCCAUUUCCAGACCAGCUUGCUGAUAUUCUUGGUCGGCUCUAA